CGGGGCCUGGCGGCGGCGCGCGGCGGGCGCUUCACCUGCAGCCCAGAGCGAGCUGCGGGAGCGGGGCGGCAGCGACCCCGGCCCGGCAGUGCGCAGCGGGGCGGCCAGCGCCAGCCACCGCCCGCCGGGCGGGCCGGAGGCGCCGGGGCCAUGAGGGCCGGCUGGCGGGUGCUGCUGGUGCUCCUCCUUUCCGUCUGGGGCUCGGCGAUGGUGGCACACAAUGGGGAUCUUACAGUGAGACCCACAUGCAAGCCUGGCUUUUCAGAAGAAGACUACACAGCAUUUGUCUCCCAAAACAUCAUGGAAGGGCAGAAGUUACUCAAAGUAAAAUUUAAUAACUGUGCUGGUAACAAGGGAGUUCGGUACGAAACCAACAGCCUGGACUUCAAGGUGAGGGCAGAUGGGACCAUGUUCGCUGUGCACCAGGUGCAGAUGCCCUCCAAGCAGCUGAUUCUGGUAGUGACCGCGUGGGACCCCCAGACCCUGGGCAGAUGGGAGGCAAUUGUCAGGUUCCUGGUGACAGACAAGUCACAACACAAUGGACACAAGCCAAAAGGACACAAGACCCUGCCUGGAGAGCUGGUACAGCAGCAAAGUGACACCCUGCUCCCCUGGCGCCAGCACCGCAGCGUGAACGGCCUGCGGCGACAGAAGCGAGACUGGGUCAUCCCACCCAUCAACGUGCCAGAGAAUUCCAGAGGACCCUUUCCACAACAGCUGGUUCGGAUUCGUUCCGAUAAGGACAAAGAGAUCCAUAUCAGAUACAGCAUCACCGGAGUGGGAGCCGACCAGCCGCCGAUGGAAGUGUUCAGCAUUGACCCCGUGUCUGGCAGGAUGUAUGUGACUCGCCCAAUGGACAGAGAAGAAAGAGCUUCCUACCAUCUCCGGGCUCAUGCAGUGGAUAUGAAUGGAAACAAGGUGGAGAAUCCUAUUGACCUUUACAUCUAUGUGAUUGAUAUGAAUGACAACAGACCGGAGUUUAUAAACCAAGUCUAUAAUGGAUCUGUUGAUGAAGGCUCUAAACCAGGUACCUACGUGAUGACAGUGACGGCAAAUGACGCAGAUGAUAGCACUACAGCGAACGGGAUGGUGAGAUACCGAAUCGUGACUCAGACCCCACAGAGCCCAUCGCAAAAUAUGUUUACGAUUAACAGCGAGACAGGAGACAUUGUCACUGUGGCUGCCGGACUUGACAGAGAGAAAGUUCAGCAGUACAUAGUCAUUGUUCAAGCCACAGAUAUGGAAGGAAACCUCAACUAUGGUCUCUCAAACACAGCAACAGCGAUCAUUACGGUGACGGAUGUGAACGACAACCCACCCGAAUUCACUACCAGCACUUAUUCAGGAGAAGUUCCUGAGAACAGAGUGGAGGUUGUGGUGGCCAACCUGACGGUGAUGGACCGGGACCAGCCUCACUCCCCCAACUGGAAUGCCAUCUACCGCAUCAUCAGCGGGGACCCCUCUGGCCAUUUCACCAUCCGGACAGACCCCGUCACCAACGAGGGCAUGGUGACCGUCGUGAAGGCAGUCGAUUACGAGAUGAACAGAGCUUUCAUGCUGACAGUGAUGGUAUCAAACCAAGCUCCCCUGGCCAGUGGCAUCCAAAUGUCCUUCCAGUCGACAGCAGGAGUCACCAUUUCAGUCACAGAUGUUAACGAAGCACCGUAUUUCCCAACGAACCACAAGUUAAUCAGGCUGGAGGAGGGAGUGCCGACGGGGACAGUCCUGACGACGUUUUCAGCGGUGGAUCCCGAUCGCUUCAUGCAGCAGGCAGUAAGAUACUCUAAGCUGUCAGAUCCUGCAAACUGGCUGAACAUUAAUGCCACAAAUGGUCAGAUCACUACUGCUGCUGUCCUUGAUCGAGAGUCAGACUACAUUAAGAAUAAUGUCUACGAGGCCACAUUCUUGGCGGCUGACAACGGUAUCCCCCCCGCCAGCGGCACUGGCACGCUGCAGAUCUACCUAAUCGACAUCAACGAUAACGCUCCCGAGCUCCUGCCAAAGGAGGCACAGAUCUGUGAAAAGCCCAACCUGAAUGUCAUCAACAUAACAGCCGCGGAUGCUGACAUCGAUCCAAACGUUGGGCCCUUUGUCUUCGAGCUGCCAAGUGUGCCAUCUGCGGUGAGGAAGAACUGGACCAUAACGCGGCUGAAUGGCGAUUAUGCCCAGCUCAGUUUACGAAUCAUGUACCUGGAAGCCGGUGUGUACGACGUGCCGAUCAUCGUGACUGACUCGGGAAACCCCCCCUUGUACAACACAUCCGUCAUCAAGGUGAAGGUGUGUCCGUGUGACGAGAACGGGGACUGCACCACCAUCGGGGCAGUGGCCGCCGCGGGGCUGGGCACCGGCGCCAUCAUCGCCAUCCUGAUCUGCAUCAUUAUUUUGCUAACCAUGGUUCUGCUGUUCGUGGUGUGGAUGAAACGCCGGGAGAAGGAGCGCCAUACCAAGCAGCUCCUGAUCGACCCUGAGGACGACGUCAGGGACAAUAUUCUGAAGUACGAUGAAGAAGGAGGUGGAGAGGAAGACCAGGAUUACGAUUUAAGUCAGCUCCAGCAGCCGGAGACCAUGGAUCACGUGCUGAACAAGACACCUGGAGUCAGAAGGGUGGAUGAGAGACCUAUUGGUGCUGAACCGCAGUAUCCUAUAAGACCAGUAAUCCCACACCCCGGGGAUAUUGGUGACUUUAUUAAUGAGGGCCUACGUGCGGCAGACAACGACCCCACAGCCCCCCCCUACGAUUCCUUACUGGUGUUCGACUACGAGGGCAGCGGCUCCACCGCCGGCUCCGUCAGCUCCCUCAACUCCUCCAGCUCCGGGGACCAGGACUACGACUACCUGAACGACUGGGGACCCAGGUUCAAGAAACUGGCGGACAUGUACGGGGGAGGCGAGGAAGAUUAAACUGACCUCACGUUAUUAAGAAAAAAAAAAAAAAGAAGAAGAAAAAAAUAAAUAAAAAACAAAGCCCACAGACAACAACAACAACAUUAACAAAAAGAGCCGAUGCAGAAGCAAGAACUGUACAGAUGUGGCAGCUUUUUUAAUAUAUCCCCUGCUGACUGUAUUGUUAUUUUUAGUGGUGAUAUAGGAGGUUUUCUUUCUCCCUUUUUUUCCUUUCUAUUUUUUUUUAGAAUACUGAGCUGUCUCGCAUGAACACUUGUCUCUGCUGCAGGUUGUUUUUUUUUCGUUGUUUUGGUUUUUUAAUGUCAGCUGGGAUAUUGCUCGUUUAUCUGCUUUAUGACUAAAGAGAGUGAAAGGCACUCUGUCUUAACUUGAAUUUCUUAGAACAGAAGCACUGUUUUUAAAAUAUAUAUAUAUAUAUAUUUGAAAGUGCCUUUUGGUGCAUGUAUCAGAUUCCCUUCAAUCUCAGGAGUGAUGAAAACAAACAUACAACCAUCCUGGGCAGCACUCCCUGUGACCCUAAGCCAGUUCUAGAUGGGAAGGAGUUAACAAAAAGGAACUGUGGAGAUUGUUUCUUUUUUUGCCUUUUUUUUUGUUUGGUUGGUUGUUUUUUUUUUAAGGGGGUGACUCAUUCUGGGGUGGAAAAUGUUGGGGGGGUGGGUAAUGUUUUGAGUCAAAAUCUUAACAGCCAUCUUUAAGCCUCAGCAGGUGGUGAACUAGUCGUCAUGUUGUAUAUAAUUCAGUGUUAUCAGAUGCAAAAUACCGACUGGGGGCUCUGCUGUCACCUGGUCGCACUCAAUGUAGCUGCAUAGAACUAUAGCAUCGAUAAAGCCUUUGGUUAUUGCCGCAGAAGUCUCCGACAGCCCUUGCCUAAACCCUGCAAAAGUAAAUGGUGAAAUGACCAAAGGCCCAUUUGUUUGUUUUUAUGCUCUCGGCGUGGUUGGGCUCCCAGGACCUCCGGAGGGAUGGAGACACCAGCUGGGGUGGGGGGUGUCCCACGGCCCCCAGGACACCCACCAGCACGAAAGCCGAUGGUUUUCCUCGCAUAAGGACGGGGUUUGUGUAGCGGCUCCGCUCGAGGCCGGGGCCGUGCGAAGGGCAGGAAUUGUUAAUCAGCACUUUUGCCAUCCGUAAGUAUGAAGUUAGUCUAGUACAAUAUUAAUGCCUCGGAGCAUUAGUAGCCAAAGCUCAACAACAUCGUGUAACUCAGCUAAUGUGUGUCCUUUCUCUUCGAUGGGUAGGUGCUGCUAUCUGUAGUAAAUGUUUAUUUUCUUUUGGAGAAGUGCAACGAGGGCCUGUUAAGUAUCUUGUGGUUAAUAUGCUCAAGCAUUGCCAAGUAAGCAAGAGGUUUUGCAGCAUCCAGGCGUAAUUCAACAUCAGUAUUAUAAAUGGUAGCAUACUACCUAGUUUAUAUGUAGGGUCAGUUUAACCAAUAACAAAUAGUUAUUAGCUUUUUUUAUUACAUUUUUCCUUUACUGAUUUGGACUAGUGGGUUUAUGUCUAAUGUUUGUAAAAUGAUUUAGACUGCAUGGAUGUGUAAUAUAAACCACAUUUAAUGGAUUAUGAGCCACUUAAUUAAUGUGCUAUGAAAUCUUGGAUUACCUGUGUUUUAUAUUCUGCAGACGAUUUUGCAGUGGGUUCGCUAAAACUUGUAAAAGUGCUUAGAUAUAUUUUCAUUUGAAUCCAAGAAAUGUGCACAGUAUUGGCGGGUGAUUAUCCAGGGGAUAAUCGCGCUUUUUUUUUUUUGAUAUCUCGAUUAAUUCUCAAGUUGAAUGCUGAGAGUUAAAGGGGGUGGGGGGAGAGAGAAUGCGAGGACGAGAGCUUGCGGCGAUGAGUGGACGCCGUUUCAGAGGGUAAACUAGGCUGCAAGAUCGUCUCUACAGAUUUUUGAAAAUGCUCCUGGUGCAUUUUAUAUUCCAUUGUAUCAUAUUUUCUAUAAAAUGCAAUUUCUGUAAAUUAACGAGCAUUUGAAAUGUGUCUUGUAUGAAGUGGAAUGUGGUGAAAGUCUGCCCGAGGGGACCCCAACAUUACCGCUACGUUACUAACUACCAAGGAUGCGAUCUUUCUUUUUUGGCCUGGUCGGUCGGUCAGUCGAUGGGUCGGUUUGUCCUUUCACUGCUCGGAGAGCUAACACACCGAGUUUUUUGAGGAAACCAGGAGGUGACGGCUGGGGCGGCGGGAGGGGGACGGCUCCCAUGGCAGCAGCGUGGACGUUGCUCCACGCGCCUCGGCCGGGAUGAAGCUCAGUGCCUGGCAAACUGCCGGCACCCGGCGCCUUCCCAAAUUCCUGUUCUGUGGCUGGGGGCUCAGUGGUCUCAUGUGAGCGCUAUGAAGAUCUUACUUUGCUUCUGCCACGUACCGUCCACCUCCUCCUGCCCGCCCUCAACAAAUCUGGUCCUCCAGCCGCCUGGCGCGGGCUGCUUUCUACCCACUGGCAGUCUUGAUUCUUCCCCUUUUCUUUCGGAAAAGCCACGGGCUGGAGUAUUUCACCAUCUGGGCUUUGCACCUCCACAGAAGCUGCCCAGCCACAGCAGAAAUAGAAAAUAAUAAAAAUGCACUUAGUGUUUCUCACUGGUGACCUCUCAGUGUUUUGUGUCCGUCACUGAAACCUCCUCACCGACAUGGGAGAAGGAUGCGGCUCGAGGGCUGGGGCGAUGCUGAUGCUUCUCCAUCCCUGGGGUUGCCGCUGCUGCCGCCAGCUCCGUGCAGCUCCCGGGAUGCCCAUGCGGAUCCUGCGAUGCCAGCCGGCGUGUCUCUGCUUUGAGCCCUGCGAACUCCCCAGCACCGCUUCCCUGCGAGCAGCAGCUGCAUCCCUGCUCAGAGCGUAUGGUGCAUCAUGUCUGCUGUGGCUUUGGCUGGGGUGAUGGAUUUUGGGUAGGGAAGGGGUGGGACAGCUGCUGCGGGUCCAGAGGCAGCGUCCAUCGCCCCGCGGUCACCGGGGGACAGGCCCUGCGGUGACAGGAGCCGCUUCCUAGGAGAUGCUGUCAGGCUUCGGCUUGUCCGGUUUUUAAGAACAUUUAUGCAACCUAAGUCAAACAAAACUGUUUUGAGUGAUUAAAAAUAAAUCAACCUGUUUCCAUUGGAGACUUCUUUUUUUUUCAAAUCAGCAGUUCUUUUUUCUGCUGCAUUUGCAGUCCAGCCAUUCCAACCCCACGAGCCUAUAAAUCAAGCCAACUAGUUUAUUGUCUUUUGACCCAGUUCUGCUCAGUCUCCCUCUGCAGGACCUGCUCCUUUUUUCUUCCUUCUCCAUCCUCCUCCUCCCUGCAUCUUCCACCACUGAGCUUUACAAUCCCACAAGUAGCAGCAGCAUCAGGCCCCUUUGCUUUUGGUGGGACCGGCAGAAGGUAAGCAAGGAGCACAUCAAACAAUGAAAAUAGUUAACUUCUUGCAAACCUUGUUGAUUUUACUUCUAGUUUGUAACCCAGCUAAGAAAACUUACAUUAAUCCAAGGCAGACACUCCCACAGCUCUCUGCACUAAGGGAUGGGGACAUGCUCCCAGGGCAUGGGGACACAGUGGACACCUCCUGUGCCCUCCCUGCCACCUGGGCAUGAAGGUUGCGCGUCCCUGAGCCAGGUCACCCGUCACUGCUGUGCCCACAGCCACCCCCAGCAAAGCCUCCAUGCAGCCCCUGGGCAGUCUGUUUAUUAUGUAGCCUGUAAACAGGGAGAAGCAUCAGUCACAAAAGUGCUUUGCAAGGAAACAAGGAGAUUCAGCAGGUGAUAACAGCAGUAAAUAGGCAAGUCACCUCUAGGUGCCCUGUGUGCUAGUCCUAGUUUCGCUUCUCGUUUUGUGUUUUCUUUUCCUUUUUUUUUUCCUUUUCUGUUGGACCAGGCAAUGCUGUUGGUGGGUGUAGGGCGGUGGUGGGGAGUUCACUCCCUGUGGCUGAGCCUCCUUGGGCCUUUUUCAAGAGGAUUUUAGGGACAGUCGGAUCUGAAUCCGGCCUCCAGGAGUCAGUGGGACUUUGGAGACGUCUGUGUCACCUGCAGCGGCUUCGCGUAGGGGAAACCUUGGGGAAUUGGAGGGUGGUAAUGGUCACUGCAGGGUCUGUACAACACAAUACGCCAAGAUUGCAACUUCGUUUAGUCUCAGAAAAACAUAUUAAAGGUAAAAUACGGGACUUUAAGUUGUGAUGUCUUUUGGAACUCUUCAUUGUAAGUGUGAAAAAAAAAUGUUGUGUGGGGGAAAUGCUGUAUAAUGAUGAAAGCGUUUGUUUAAAACAGCAACUAGACAACAUAGGUGUCUCCCAUGCAAAGUUAACUCAGUUUCAUGGGGAAAAUAAAAGUUCUCUCCAGUACACACAAACCCCAUAUGCAAUUGCUCACACAAUGUGUACAUAAUGUAGUUAGUGCUUGAAGCUACAAAUCAAAUAGGGGAAAAAAAAUAA